GGGCGCAACCAAGCAGCAUGCGGGAGGCUCGCAUAUUUUUCAUGCUUGCGGUGAUACUUCUCAUCACAAUGAUGACGUGUCGAUCAAUGCCGUCAAAAGAGCUACAAUACAAAAGGAUGUUACAAGAAAUCAUCGGCGGAGAGGACACUCCAUAUCCAGUAUUCCCCGUGGCCAUGUUCCCCGAUCGUCUGCCAGCACUACAAAACUACUGGUAACACCACGGCUCACCAACUGUUUCAACACUGGAUAUUCUUGUCAAGAGAUCAUCGUUCAAACAUUUUCUCAACAUAAGUUUCUUGACUUAUGACAGCAGCUGCGGGAAGAACUACAGCUGAUGUUUGAGAUUAAUAAAAUUUUAUCUGUGGCAAUU